CGCGAGCAGAUCGUUCGGCACUCGAUCUCUCUGUGCCGUUCGCAAUUCGAUCCUGCUCUGUAGGUUUUCGAGACGGAUGAUAUAAACCCACGAGAAUCCCGUGGUUGCGCGCACACAGGGGUUCAUCAAUGAUAUGGUUCGAGUACAUCACCACAGCGAUUCGUGCAAUUAAAUUGAAAACGUGACUUGUGUAUUGUUGUUCUAAACGGUGUUGAAUUGUGUUCAUUAAAAUAUUGGUGACGAAUUGUAGUGUAGUACAGUUACAUCUUGGCUUACGUGGUGAUUUAACGCAUACGCGUUCAACACUGGAAUUGUUAGAGCAUAUGGGAAUUUGGCUCGCGCUAAUAGUUCUUUUUCACGCCAUCGCAGCCCACUGUCAGCCAUCGGCAUCAACGGUCGCCCACGAGUGCCGUAUUCUAGAGACACGUUGGUCCGGUCCAAGUCUCAGCGAGUGUUAGUCUGUUCCAGUGCCUCUCAACGACAACAUCGCCAUCAGAGUCGUCGCAGCCGCCGUCGCCGCCGGUUCUGCCGAGAUUUUCAACGCCACCCCACCCAAGUAACCUCGUCGUCGUGCAUCUUCCAAUCACGGUGUGGGAAUUAACGAAGAAAAGUGUUCAUUACGUAAGAGCAAUUACUGUUACUUACAUCUGUGGUCUUGUGUGUUUGGAUUUCGAGUGUUUGCCUUCUCGCGGGUCAGAGCCACAUUGAGUGUGCAGUGAAUUGGUGUACAUAAUUGAACAAACACGAUAACCUAAUGUUUGUGGUGCUGGUUAUUUCCAUUUGAUGCGAACUUGGGCCACGUGAAUCAUACCCGCUGAACUUGGAAAGGCAGAAACAAAAACCGACACCCAGGAUUCAGGUUUGCCGAUAAUAUGGGUGCAACAGGAAUGAGUUCGGUUGUGCUGCUGGUGAUUACUGGAACGCUGCUAGGAUUAAGAUCCGUUUCUGGUAACGAUAACUUACGAGUGGCAUACCAAUGGAACCAGAUCGACUUCGAGUUCCCCAGCGAAGCAGAGCGCCAGGAAGCAAUCCGCACGGGAGUAUAUGUUCCCGAAAAUGUGAUACCGAUCGGGCUGGAAGUGUACAAGAAGCGUCUGUUUGUGACGCUGCCCCGUUGGAAGAGUGGAAUCCCGGCGUCGCUCGCUUAUAUCAACAUCAAUGAUACUACCACAAAAUCACCGAAACUGCGGCCCUAUCCAAGCUGGAACGCUCAUCGGCAAAUGAGUGCAGAGGAGGCACCGGAAAUCGUCUCCCCAUUCCGGAUACGAGCCGAUCGAUGCGGCCGGUUGUGGGUGCUGGACACAGGGGUGGCCGAUAUUCUUGGCAACACGAAGGUCCACUCUCCCACUUCCCUGCUGGUGUACGACCUGCACAAUGAUAACCUGCUCAGACGGUACAAAUUCCCCGUGGAUCACAUCAAGGAAAACUCUUUCUACGCGAACAUUGCUGUCGAAGACACGGAUUGUGAUGACACGUUCGCUUAUGCUGCAGAUCUGGGCUCGCCGGGUCUAGUGGUAUACUCCUGGAGACAGCAAGAAUCGUGGCGUUUCAAGCAUCAUUUCUUCUACCCCGAUCCGCUGGCCGGAAACUAUACCAUCACUGGGAUAUCCUUCCAGUGGGAUGAUGGUCUGUUUGGAAUAGCUCUGUCCCGGCCUCAGAACGAUAGCUACUCAACUCUGUAUUUCCACCCGUUGAGUUCGACGAACGAGUUUGCUGUUUCCACGAGGAUCCUUCGGAAUCAAUCGCUUGCCACAUCUAACGACAUAUACCGUGAGUUCAAAAUAUUGGGAUCCCGCGGCCCGAACGGCCAAGCUGGUGUCGCCUUUUUGGAUCAGAAAACUGGCGUUAUAUUUUAUGCCCUGCCGAACCUUAAUGCCGUAACUUGUUGGAAGACCUCCAACCGGGCUUACACCAUCAAAUCUCUCGGCCGGGUGUAUAUGAGCGCCACCGACAUGGUGUUCCCCAACGACGUGAAAGUAGACGAUGAAAGCAACCUGUGGGUGCUUUCGGAUCGAAUGCAUCAGUACAUGUAUUCCAGUCUGAACCCGAACGAUGUGAACUUCCGCAUUCUGACGGCGACCGUGAAGGAUGCUAUAGAAAAUACAGCCUGUGAUACGAAGAUCAAACCGCUACCGGAUAUCAUCACCAAUCUGGGUGACAUUUUGCGACCGUCGACAUCUACUGUGUCACCCAAAUCGAAAUCCGGAGCGCAAUUGGUGCUUAAAUCGAACAUACCUCUCAUGAUUGUUGCCGUGGUUAGGCUAUGGCUGUAAAUCGAGGCGAUGAUUUUUUUCCCAUGGUGGUGUUCAACACGUGUCUCUUUGCGACGCUAUACAAGAUGUCGUUUGGACUAAAAAUUCUCACUUCUCCAAUUUUUUACAGAUAAUCUCACAGUUGUAGCAAGGGAAAAACGCAGAUAAUGAGCACCACUUAAAAUGAUAACACAACACAGGAAAUCACUAGUAGAAACCAGUCAACUAAUAUUAAGUCUCAAGGUUCUUGUUAUGAUUAGGUUUAAGUUGAAAAUAGCUUUUGUAAAUUAUUCUCUUCGCUAGAAGUAUCAUCAUAGAAUCGUAAAUUAUAGUUUAGAGCCCCAAGAUUACCAAGAAACAAUAUUUCAAUCGGUAUUGUAUGUAAACAAUCACGUCCGUUUUUAAAUUUAAUAACCGACACAAACUAGGUAAGUAGUUUGUAGCAAACAAUUUGUGCUCUGAUUUGGGAAUGAUCGCAACUACUACAUAUGAAGUGCUGGAAUCAUAGAUGCACAAUUUUUGAAGAUCUAAAUAUACAAUCAUAAAAUGAAGCAUAAAAUGCUUCAUAUACUCGAACGUCCAUGUGUCAUAUCCUGCUUUGAUAGUCAUUGACAAAAGAAUUGAUAAAAUAUAAUUAUUGCUAGAAGUA